AGCGCCGUCACCGGAAACUGGAAGUCACCUGCUAGGAAACUGAGGGCUAGGGUUUAGUUAGCUAGAUUGCUAACGUCGCUGUUUGUUAGGGUUUACACUUCAUACUCCUGGAACUGGUUUUGUUUUUACUUCAGUCUUUAAAAACAUUGCGACAGACUGACAAUGAAGACCGUGUUACUCGUCGAAACGUUCUCUGUGGCUUGUUUUGUGCUGUUAAGCCAAGUGUCAGCAAAGAAUUCUGAAGACAUCCGCUGUAAAUGCAUCUGCCCACCAUACAGAAAUACCAAUGGGCACAUCUACAACAAAAAUGCUUCUCUCAAAGACUGUAACUGUCUCCAUGUAGUGGAGCCUAUGCCUGUGGAUGGAAAUGAUGUGGAGGCAUACUGUUUACGUUGUGAGUGUAAAUAUGAAGAGAGGAGCUCGGGAACCAUCAAGUUCACCAUCAUAAUGUACCUCUCCAUUCUGGGACUGCUGCUGCUCUACAUGGUCUAUCUGACUGUCUUGGAGCCCAUUUUAAAGAGGCGUCUGUUCGGACACUCGCAGCUCAUCCAAAGCGAGGAUGAUGUUGGGGACCAGCAGCCUUUCGCCAACGCUCACAAUGUGCUGUCUCGUUCGCACUCUCGACCCAACAUGCUGAACAAAGUGGAGCAUGCCCAGCAGCGCUGGAGGAGGCAGGUCCAGGAGCAGCGGAAGUCUGUGUUCGACCGCCAUGUCGUUCUCAGUUAAACUGUCCUGUGAGCAAGACUUAA